AUUCAGCAAGGAUGUCUACUGGAUUCAUGGUUCAUUGAAGUGAUGAGCUAACAUUUAUUUGCUUAAAACGCAAAUGUGUGCGUGUAAAAUGUCGUGUUUAUCAACCACAUUUUUAGCAGCCGUAUUCUUUUCUGCGCAGGCUUUUGGAAAAACCGUAACGGGACUUUUUAAGACCGAAGUAGCGCGGCAGCAUAAAGGCCAAUUCAUCACUAAAUUUAUGUAUCAAGGUGAUGAUGGUUUAUUGGUCUGUCAACUGGACAACCCAUCACUUGCUGCAGAGAAGGAAUCCCGACUGCUGCUUUAUCCAAAUGUUGACGAGAUUUGGGACAACCUCAGCUGCUCUGAAAGGCUCACCAGUGCUCACUUCACCAUUUCUCUCAGUCAAGAAGAACACAACCAGACGAUUCCGCAGCAGUCGUCGCCGACAGUGUGGCAUGCUCUCUAUGCAGACCGAUACACAUGCCAGGAUGGUACAGUGAUUCCCUCUCAUGGUGACCUCACGUUUACUGUUCUGCUGUUUAAUGCUGAUUCUGCUGGUAACCCCCUGGAGCAUUUUAGUGCCGAGGAGGCAGGUCUCCACACGUUUUACUUCCUCCUGCUACUUGCCUAUUUUGUAGCUUCCUGUAUCUAUAUUAAACCACUCUACCAGGCUCUGAAAAAAGGUGGUCCCAUGCACACAGCCCUGAAGGUACUGACCUCGAGUAUGGCUUUGCAGGGCUGCUCAGCCCUUUGUAACUACAUUCACAUGGCCAGAUAUUCCAGAGACGGCAUCGGUAUUCCAUUGAUGGGCAGCCUGGCACAGUUGUGGGCUAUGGCAGCUCAAGUGUCGAUGUUGUACACAUUACUAAGUCUGUGUGUGAGCUGGUCUCUGAGUCGUGGCCGAAAACAUCAGUCCCGACCUCUCCAGUGGGAACAGUCUCCAGCAUCUACUGCGGUCGCCGUCUGUGGAGUCGUCGUGCAGGGUGUGCUUCUGCUGUGGGAGCACUAUUCUGUUUCUGAGAGCCAACAUAAUAGCUGUCAGAGUCUGGCGGGCAUUCUCCUCAUCGUUCUGAGGGUGAUGCUUGCUAUCCUGUUGGCCUCCGUGCUCUACCAGAUCAUCUCCACCGAGAGAAGCACUCUGAAAAGAGACUUCUACCUCUGCUUUGCCAAGGGAUGCUUCCUGUGGUUUCUCUGUCAUCCUGUCCUUGUCCUCACUUCUGUCAUCUUUAAUGAGCACCAGAGAGAAAAAGUGGUCACCAUUGGUGUAUUUCUGUGUCAGUCCAUCUCCAUGGUGAUCCUCUACCAGCUUUUUCUGUCUCGUUCUCUUUACUGGGAGGUCUCCUCGCUCUCCUCGGUUUCUCUGCCGCUCACAAUGUCUAGGAACAACCAGAGGGGUCGCUACUGAGCAUAUGUUGUGGCUUUAUGUGCUCCUCAUUUGCAGCACACAGGUUCAUCUCAUACUGUAGGUCAAGCCAAGAGGCAGAAAAGACAGAAGGCGUCGCACUGCAGGGUCAUCUCGACUUUUGCUGUUUUCUGGUGAACGAUGGAAUAGGCUGAGAGGCAAACAGCCUGCCUCUACAGAAAUAAAGGCAGGACUACAAGAGAAUUGUGCUGCGAUAACAGUGUAAUUUAUUUAAUAUAUUACAAUAUCAUGGGCCUAAAUUUUGGAGUAUUGUGGCCUGAUGGAAGUCAUUUUGAGUACGAACAUACAAAAUGUGAAUUGAAAUGCUGGUAAUAUAUCAAAGUAUAUUCUUUUAGAGGCCUGUUUUUCUCUUGUGAGUUUAUCUCAAAUCUUCAUCAGUGGAUGAAGAGCAUUGAACUCAAAAGUUUCUGAAUGCAUGACAUUCAAAUAGCGCCACCUCAUUUCAAACCUGAUGCUUGAACAAACCUCUGUUGUUUCUUUUCAAGAUUGUUGAGUUUAUGUACAGGUAAAAACAUGUAAAAACACAGAAAUGGUUAAUUGUUAUUGAUGUUUUAUUCAUAACAACCUGUGGAAAUAUGUGACCUGAAAUAAAUAAUUGCAGGGUAAUAAAAAGCGCAUAUCCCUUUUAAUCUUUUCAUUUUUGAUGUUUGUACCCGAUUAUUGUAUGUACCCUAUCAUGGCAAUUAAAAGCUGAUCGAAAAUUAUUAAAAAAGAAAAUAGAAAAGUACACAUUUUGUGUAACAAAUUCUCAUCUUUGAGAUGUUUGUACACCAUGAAUGCAGCAUGCCUCUGCUAAGAUGUGUUUGGUUUAAUGCAGGGGUGUCAAAAGUCCAAAAACAAAACACAAAUAACGGUCUGCUCAAAAUGUUAAGAAUAAAAAACUAAAAAUGCUUAAAUUAUUUUUAAAAACUUAAAAAAAAUUUUUUUUACUAUUCAUUGUUCUAAAGUUGAAUAAAACAAAGCAGAAAAUUGGACUCGAGUCCCAAAUUUGAUGACCCGCAACUUGACUCGGGGGGAAAAAAAAAACCACAGACUCGGACUUGACUCGCUUGAGCUGGGAGGGUCCGAGACCCGACUCGAUUUAACUCGACAUAACCUCGUGACUAAACUCAACUCGACUUGCCCAUAGCAGGUAAGAUUCGGGACUUACUUGUAAUUUAAAUCUUAGA